AUGUGCGGAAGCGGAAGCGCAAGCGGCAGGGGUGCUGGCGGAGCGGGGUUAGGUAGUGAAGACUCGGGGGAGGGUUCCCCGGUUGGGCGGAAGAUCUUUGCGUUUUUCGGUUCGGAUUCGGGCGGCGGCAGCAGCACCAGCUUGCUCACGGAACGCGCGACGAAUCUUCCACUUCUGGGUCCCGUGCUUCUCCCCGAGUCGCCCUCCAGCACACCGGCGAGGAGAUUAAGACAAAUAUCCCUCGCGUCGGAGCGCAUACUCGACGCGCCGGAGAUAGUCGACGACUACUAUCUCAACCUGCUCGACUGGUCGUCGCAGAAUCAGAUCGCCGUCGCGCUCGGCACGACGGUGUACCUCUGGUCUGCGACGUCGGGCGACAUACACCAGCUCGUGCACGCGGACGGGCCCGACGACUACGUCACGAGCGUCGCGUGGGCCAAGGACGGGCGGCACCUGGCCGUGGGGUUGAACAGCAGCGAACUGCAGAUCUGGGAUGCGAGUCGCUUGCGGCAAGUGCGGCGGCUGCAGGGGCACCGCGCGCGCGUGGGCAGCCUCGCGUGGAACGGCCACACGCUGUCGUCGGGGAGCCGCGAUAGCAGCAUUCUCAACCACGAUGUGCGGGUGCGCGACCACGUGGUGAGCGCAUUGCGCGCGCACGAGCAGGAGGUGUGCGGACUCAAGUGGUCGCGCUCCGGGCAGCACCUGGCGAGCGGCGGCAACGACAACCUUCUCUACAUCUGGGACAACGCUGCCAUUUCCUCCUCCUCCACCUCCUCUUUCUCCUCCUCCUCGUCCUUCCCUAUCUCAGGAAAUUCCUCUUUCCAUUCCUCCCUCUCCUCCUCUUUCUCCUCGCUCUCCUCCCUCUCCGCCUCCUCCUCCUUACCUCCGCUACUCCAUUCCUCCGCUUCUUUCUCCCCCUUCGCCUCAUUUUCCUCCGCCACUGCCGCCGCUGCCGCUUCUCCAUUCACCGGCUCGUCUCUCAUAGCGUCUCUCGCCUCCUCCUCCUCCUCCUCCCUCCCAUCCGCCGCAUCUCUCGCUUCCCUCCUCGCCUCCUCCCCGUCGCCCUACGCCUCUCCUUUCGCCUCUCCGCAUUCCUCUCUCUCAUUCGCGCCGUCUCACCCCACUAAGCCUGCUGCCACAACUGCCACCGCUCCUGCCGCUGAUUCUGCCCAUGCAGCAACAGGUGGCGCUGGCACUGCUGCAGCAGCUGCUGCUGCUGCUGCGGGUCAUUCGUUUCUGUCUCUAACCACCUCAUCCUCAUCGCCUCCGCCGCCAUCCCUGUUCUCCUCCCCCUCCGCCUCCUCCUCCCCCCGCGCAUCCUCGUUAGCACCGUCCCUCUCCUCGCACAGAAGCAGGGCGUCUCCCAACAACGUGCGCUACCUGCACCGGCUGACAGCGCACCAGGCGGCGGUGAAGGCGCUGGCGUGGUGUCCCUUCCAGAGCCACCUGCUGGCAUCAGGCGGGGGCACAGCAGACCGGUGCAUCAAGUUCUGGAACACACAGACAGGGGCGCUCACCCACUCCAUCGACACCCACUCACAGGUGUGUGCGCUGGAGUGGAGUCGGCAUGAGAAGGAGAUCCUGUCAUCACACGGGUACAGCCUGAACCAGCUGUGCCUCUGGCGCUACCCCUCCAUGGCCAAACUCGCUGAGUUCACCGGCCAUACCGCUCGCGUGCUGCACCUUGCCCAGAGUCCGGAUGGGUACACAGUGGUCUCAGCUGCUGCUGAUGAGACGCUGCGAUUCUGGAAUGCAUUUGGGGACCCCGAUGGAGAUAAGAAGGGAGGGAAGGGUGGGGGAAGAGGAUGUGAGAGGCGCAUUGGGGGAGGAGGGGGCGUUGCGGCAUGUGAUGAAGACGGUGUUGCCUCUGCACGCUGCUCGUUGCUGCGGUCUCACAUUCGUUAA